AUGGCCUCCCCAGACCGCUCGAGCCACAUCCUGCUGCCCCCGCCACUCCGCUCGGCGAUGAAGAGUAGGCCAAACACCCCCAACAAUCAGGGGUCAUCCUCCUCCCCGUCCCCGCUCUUCUCGCCCCCCAUCUCCGCCCUCCCACUCUCUCCCGCGGUCGCGACGACCUCCCGGGAAAGCGCCAGCUCCGUCUCGUACACCACCCCCUCCUCCCCCUAUAGCUCCACCCACCCGUCCACGUCCGCGGUCGUGGUCGCGUCCCCGAACAUGUCCAGCGUCCCGCUUGUUGCUGCGCAGGGCUACACGCACAAGGUCUCCUUCGAUACCCUUGAGAACCCGCAGGCGAGCAUGUUUUCCUACACACUCCACGUCCAGAGCGAGGGCUACGCCCGCACACGCAGCACGCGCAUCUUCCUCUGCGCCUCGAGCCCGGACGAGAGCGGAACCCAGGCGCUGGAGUGGUGCCUCGACGGCCUCGUCCAGGACGGCGACGAGCUCGUCGUCUUCCGCGGCAUCGACUCGGACGACUUCGCGGACAAGGACCACGACCUUUACCGCGACGACGCGCGCGAGCUCAUGCGCUCCAUCCAGGAGAAGUGCGUCGAGUACGACCCGGACCGGAAGCUCUCCAUCAUCGUCGAGUACAUCGCCGGCAAGGUCACCCAGACCAUCGACCGGCUGAUCGCGCUUUACCGACCUGACUCACUCGUCGUCGGCACCCGCGGCCAGCGGAGCGUCAUGUCCGCCUGGGCGGGCGCGUUUGGGGCCCCGGGCGUGGGCAGCGUGUCAAAAUACUGCCUCAGCCACUCCCCCGUCCCAGUCAUCGUCAUCCGCCCCGAGAGCAAGGUGCGGAAAACGAUGGCCAAGCGCCGCGCCGAUCCCAAGCGCGGCAAGCACUUUGACGAGUACGUUGCGAAACUGAAACCGCCGACCAACGGCAGCCUAUCCGUACCGAUGUUCUCGCCCCUCACUCGAUAA